AGCUACAUACCAUUGUGCCUGUAAAGAAAGGACAAGCAAGAACACAAAGGCAUCAAAUUAUAAAACAUAGAUAAAAUAGCGAGAAUCAAAUUCACAAUUUUCUGGGCAUCUUCAGUUCAGAUUUCAUCAGGAGACACAAUUACCAAUCUCUGAAACACCUCAAUCGUCUUAAUGGAAAGCACAUCAUCUAAGAUAAAGGUUUUAAAGCCAGUGAUCCUCAAAGCAGGUGUUCCUUUGGCUGUAUCUUUCGCUGGCUUCAUCUAUGCCUGGAUACUGUCAAAGAAAAGUCCAUCUAAGGUCUUUUCUUCACCAGAAACUAGAGUAAAUUCCUCAGAAAAUGAUUCUCAGCAAGGGAUUAUACGUGAAGAAAGUUUUCAUAGCCUUGCUUCUAUGGAAGAUGAAGUGCCUACACCUGAAGAUACCAGGGUUCUUCCAGGAAGCUCCGUUCUUCAUGACAACCCGUGUUUUGAACAAGAGAUUAAUGGCCUGCGAAGCCGGAUUGAAGAUCUGCAAUUGAGAGAGUUGGUGUUACGGUUGCAAUUUGACCAUUUUUGUGAUUUGAAAGAGCAAGAGUCUCUGCUUAUGGAAAUCAAGAAUUUGCUGUCCUUGGAGAGUGCUCGCGUUGAUUUCUAUGAUAGGGAGAUUUCGUCAAUGGAGGCAGAGAAUAAGAGGUUGGAGGCAUUCGUUGCUCAAUAUCUGGACAUUAUUGAACAGCUUGAGCGUUGGAAAUCAGAGAAUAGAUUACUUCGGAGGAAGGUCAAGAAGCUGCUGAGAAAAUCAGAAGCACAAUCUCGCCUCAUUCACGAGCAAACUAUGAUUAUCAAGGCAAAAGAAACAGAAAGGAUCAGAAUCGGCGAUGCCUUGCGGACAAAAAUUAAUGUCAUCAAUAAAUCGGUGGAUGAAAUCAACGGGAUGCAAAGGAUUUUGCACGAAUUACAGAAAGAGAAGAAAGAACUCCUGAUGAAGCUUGAAACAGCAAAAGAAUCAUCUGCGUCUAAGAAUGAAGCAGAAAAUCCAAGUGAGAAAGAGUACACGCACCUUCUGAAGGAGUUGGAGCAGCAGAAGAAGGGAAGAGCAGGUGAAGUGAAGGAGCUGAUUUACUUGCGGUGGAACAAUGCAUGCCUGAGGCACGAGCUGAUUAGGUUGCAUGAGCAACGACAUCAAGAUCGGAGGCAGAUGGGAGACCACGUAGAACUGGAAUUUGAAGGAAACGGUCAAAUGAUUCAAUAUGAGUCAGAGCAAGAAUUAGAAGAAUCUCCUUUGGAGCAUCAAGUCGCGCCUGGCAAUGGCGCUGCUCGAAGCGAUGAUGGAGCAGGUGGGGGUUGCUCCAGGAGGAGAAAAUUGAUCAAGAGGCUCAAGAGGUGGGUGGAAGGCAGCGAAAAGGCCAAGUUGAAGGCAGAAGAGAAAGGCAGGCAUUUUGCUUCGUAUGGAACAGAGGAACCUUCGGUUCCGGCGAGAAGGUCUUGCUCCAGUGCGUAACCCAGACGAGCCUAAAGCCAACAAACUGACACUCCGCCCCGAAAAAUGUGAUUCUGCACUUGCUUGUUGCGUCAGGAAGGCUUCUGAUUUCGAGGUUUUCUAUAUUUCCUCCGCAGAGACUUCAAUUUCCACUUUCCAAUUCAAAAGAAUAAUCAAUAUAUCGGAGCCGGUUUUGCUCCUUCGCGUUUCUGCUCCUCCUUUUCUUCUCUGCACCCAGAAGCGAAGCUGAAUCGAUAAU